AUGAUGAGAAACCACACAAUAACAACAUUCAUCCUGCUGGGACUGACUGACGACCCACACAUGAAAGUUCUGAUUUUCAUCUUUCUUUUUUUUACCUACAUGUUGAGUGUAGCUGGGAACCUGAUCAUUAUCUCCCUCACCUUCAUAGAUUGCCAUCUUAGAACAGCCAUGUACUUUUUUCUCCAAAAUUUCUCUUUCUUAGAAAUCUCAUUCACAACUGCUUGUAUUCCCAGAUUUUUGUACAACAUAUCAACUGGUGACAAAAUCAUUACCUAUGAUGCUUGUGCUGUUCAAAUAUUUUUUACUUACCUUUUAGGGAUAACAGAAUUUUUUCUCCUAGCCACUAUGUCCUUUGACCGCUAUGUGGCUAUCUGCAAACCCUUGCAUUAUGUGAACAUCAUGAACAACAGAGUCUGCAAUAGGCUUAUCAUCAGCUGUUGGAUGACUGGUUUGUUAAUCAUAGUCCCCCCACUUAGCCUGGGCCUUAAUCUGGAAUUCUGUGACUCUAAUAUCAUUGAUCACUUUUUCUGCGAUGCCACUCCUCUGUUAAAGAUCUCAUGCUCAGACACAUGGUUCAUAGAGAGAAUGAUUUUAGUGUGUGCUGUGUUGACUUUUAUCAUGACCCUUGUGUGUAUUGUUCUUUCCUACAUUUGUAUCAUCAUGACAAUUCUAAGAUUCUCUUCUGCUCAGCAAAGGGAAAAAGCCUUUUCAACCUGUUCUUCCCACAUGAUUGUGGUUUCCAUCACCUAUGGCAGUUGCAUCUUCAUCUACAUCAAACCUUCAGCAAAGGAAGAAGUGGUCAUUAAUAAAGGAGUUUCCAUGCUCAUUUCUUCUAUUUCACCUAUGUUGAACCCAUUUAUUUAUACGUUGAGAAAGAAGCAAGUGAAAAAAGCCUUGAAUGACUCAGUCAAAAGGAUUUUCUUCUUCUUAAAGAAGUAA